AUUCGAACAGUUCCCACUCCGGCGAGAGCAGAAGCAAGCGGGAUGUGGAUCUCCGAGUGCAUCAGCAGGGGAUGAACCAUCAGCAAUACAACACUGCGCAUCAAUCGUAUAAUAAUCCGAUGCACCACCACCAGCAGCAUCUUUUAUCCAACUACCCAAACCAAUUACCCGGGUACAAUGUCCCCCCUCCGGAGCCCGCUUCCUCCGCGGAUUCCACCCCGCGAGAAUUAUCGCAGCGCGAUCUGCAACUCACACCAAGAUCAGCGAAUGGCGGGAAGCGGCCGGUUCCGGUGCUGCAGAUCGGGGGUAGUGGGAAUGGAGGACCGGAAAAUGCGGUCUUAGCGACGAGUUCGAAAUCGAGUAGUAGUAGCAUGAACAACAACUACUUCUCUUCCAAAAACAACCCGAACGCGGAUGGAGUAUCGAAUAUCUCCAACCCACCACCCGGGCAGAAAAAGCGCGCGGUUUCGAUUCCGGAGGCGGACCCGCCUUUGGAGUUGUUGCAAAUGAAUUCAGGUGGCGGUGGGAGUGGAUCGGGGAACAAUAGUAGCAGCAGUGCAGCAGGAGGGGCGCCCGGUGGAAACACAAGCUCCUCUUCCUCCUCCUCCGCGAAUCAAGCCGGGGAGACCGUUGCUACGACCGCUGCUCCACCACCCGGAUUGCAGAGCGCGAACUCCAAGCCCGCGAAGAAGAAACCGCAGAUCACAUUGAAAAAUCAAGCACCGCCAGGGAGUAGUAGUAGCGCCAGUACGAACAAGUUACAAAUCGGGCAAUCGUCUGUCGUUUCAGGUGGGUUGGCUGCUAGUUUGAACAAUGGCGGGAAGAAUUUGACCUUGAACAACGCAAACACAGUACCUGCGAACAGCAGCACGACGUCAAAUGCGACUCUGUUGAAGCAAAAACUCACCGCCGCGACGAAUCUUCAGAGUAAGGGCUUGAUGUCAACGAAUCCGAACAACAAAAUCAUGCAGAGUACGACAAAUCUCGACAUCAACUUGAAUCCACAAAGAACCACGCCAAUCGGUGGGGGGAUUAUUGCUUCGCAAGGCUCUGGUGGUGUGACUAAUCUUUCCCUGAUGGCGAAGUUAGAGAAACAGCAGCAGUCGCAACAACAGCAGCAGUCGCAGCAGCUCUUGUACAACCAGCCGGAUAGGAUUAUUCAGACAACCGCGAACGUGCCAGCCGUGCACAAAACCACGAAACCGUUGAUGGAGAAAGUGGAAAAGUUCGAUGCGAAAUCGAAGUCAGAAUCCAAGGCGAUGGCGGCGGCAAAAGCCCAACAGGCGUUGCAGAAUCAAAAUCGAGAGAUGACGACCGCGGAAAAGAAGCGCGAAUUGCUGGAAAAAUUGCGCGCGGCGAAAAUGGCUGCGGGGGGCGGCGGAAAUUCUUCUGCGGGGCCGCAGUCUAGCUUCGACAGUGCGAAAGGAGUGGAUGGGGCAACUACAAGCAGCGCAAUUACAACAAAGCCAUCGACAGGUCUCGGACAGCAGCAGCUUCCUCAGAUCAUCGCUAGUACAACUGGGGGUGCAGCUGCUCUUGACGGGAGCGGCACGACGACCAAAAUUAUCAGCACCUCCAACACGCUGGUGAACACAACGACCGCGAAUCCCAAAACCCCAACGUCUGCUGCGCAACACGCUACUUCCGGAGACAAUUUUACCUGGAACAGCAAUCGGAACAAGCGGGAUGCUGGCAACAAGUGGCACGUGAGCGGACACCAACAACCUGGCGUUGUGCACACAGGAGCUACUACUGCUGCUAAUCCCAUUGCCGCCACCACCACCUCCAAGCCAAUCAAAAUUCCAAACGACAAGGAACUGAAAGUCACGUUAGCGGAUAUGCAAAACCUUAUCGCGCGGAUCCUCUGCCCGGACUUACUUGGUCGGUUCACCGAGCAUUCUGAUAUUCAGUUUAUGGAAAUUCCGAACGUCCAGCGGAUCCCGAGGGUGACGAUUUGCUUGUUACCGAAUUUAGGCGUGCAUAACGUGCAAAGGAAAGUUUCGGAUGAGAAGGUGAAGCCGGAGCAGGAAUUGCUGCAAAAAAUCGCCACGGUCGCCGGCAACAGCUCCGUCGCACAGAACUAUUUCAUGCCGUAUCUUUCCGGUUUACUCCGCCGCCCCUGGAAGUGCCACAUAGGGCUGAAAAGAGGGUUUUUUCCGGAGCGACAUGAUUUACUGCAAAACAUGAUGCUGGGGAAAUUUAAGGUCGUGAAAGAGAACAAAUUACGAAUGGCGCAGUUGAACUACAUUUCGCCGAUCGCAAAUACGGACGAGGAAAUGUUUACGCAGCCAGUGCGGAGGGAGAAGUAUAUAGGGUUUCAUUUGUUGCUUGUCUUCGCGCAUGACAGUUUUUCAGUUGCACAUGCAGUGGAAUUUUGCAUUCACCAGAGGGCAAUAUCAUGUUCGCAAAAAACCUAUCAGGGGCGCCACCAACAACGUCUACUACCCGUCAAACUAUUUCCUCGCCACCCGGGACGAGCUUUCCAUGGCCGGGUACCCCGUGCUCUGCCAACUGAACGUGUUCGGGUUGGAAAACCACUUGGAGCCCGGCUGGGUUUGCGCGAAGAAACAGGUAUCAACUGUAAAAAUGUCUGGGUCUGGAACAAAGCAACUUGUCAUGCUAGAAUCAUGUAAAAUCUGUGUUGCGUGAUUGCCAAAAGCUGUCCACUUUUGAUCUAAUCGAGAGGUAGUUUCUCAUGCAGGAUAGGCAUGAUAGAACUCUCACAGAAUCUGUCAUGCUAUGUCCUUCAUACCGGACUUCAUGGGCCAGGGAAAACCUGCAUGACAAGUCUGGCACUCUUCCAGACCCAGACAUUUUUGCAGUUGAUAACAGGAUGCAGCGACCGAUUUCACGCCGAACAUGCUGGAUUUGCUGAUUAUCGAUUGUGAAAUGGUGAAGACGACGACGGAGGAGAAUGCUUUAGCGAGAGUCUCCGCCGUCGAUAUGCACGGGCAGGUUUUGCUUGACUGUUACGUGAAGCCACCAGACCCGGUCACGGACUACAAAACGCAAUAUUCUGGGAUCACGGUGUCCGAUUUGAUGGGAGUGACGAGGACGUUGGAAGAGGCGCAGAGAUUGUAUACUUGCUUUUAGUACUUGCGGUCGAGAAUGUACUCUGGAUUUCAGGGUUUUAGGAUUUAGGGUAGUUUCUCUUCAUGUAUAGUUUGGUCUUGAAAAAUCGCCUGGCAUUGUUGCUUUUUUUUUCUCGCGAAGCUUCCUUUCUCAUGCGGGAGCGCCGGGAUAAGUAAUAUGUCGAUAAAAGCUGCUCCUUCUGUCAUGCAAUAUUGCCAAUCAUGAAACUUUAUCAAAGGCUUCUCCGUUUCCUCAACCCGCGAACGGUUUUGUGCGGUCACAGUCUGGAGAACGACCUGAAUGCGAUGCGGCUGAUUCAUCCCUUCGUCAUUGACACGGCCAUUUUGUUUCCGCACCCGGAGUAUGAAUGGAAAAUAUGUCUGGGUCUGGAAGGUGGUAACUUGUCAUGGUAAAUCUGAAAGAUACAAAAAUCUGUGUUGCAUGAGUGCCAAAAGCUGUCCACUUUCGACCAAGUUCGGAGGGAGUUUCUCAUGCAGGAUAAGCAUGGCAGAGACCUCGCAGAGCCCGUCAUGCUAGGUCCCGCAUUCCAGACCCCAUGGGUCAUGGAAAACCUGCAUGACAAGUUAACACUCUUCCAGACCCAGACAUUUUUGCACUUGAUACGGAACGGCUCCCGAUGAAAAUCGGGCUGUCGAAAUUAGCGGAGCGGCACUUGAAGGUAUUGAAGAAUUUUGUUAUUGCGCUAUCUGGCAUGACAGAUUGACAAACACAAAACCUCCGUGGUGCCUUCGCGCGUCUGUUUUGUUUAGCCUGACAAGAUGUCUGAAAUACAAAUUAUAUCAGCGCCGCAUGGACCGAGAUAAGGGCCACUCAAGUAUCGAAGACGCGCUCUGCACCCUGCAGUUGAUUCUGACGAAAAUUCGCAAUGGACUGCAGUACAACACAGAACAUGGCGUGGAGCAGUUGAGGACACUGGGCGCUUUGCCAGGUAUAAAAUUGACAACAUGAUGCGACAACUCAUGACAACAUGCGAUUUCUCACGCAUGAGAAAACCAGCAAUGCACUCGUUUUAUUCACGCUUUUCGUGCCACAUGACGAUCUUAUCGUGCGCUGCAAUUAAGUAUUCAUCUUGCAAACUAAAUGAACUCUUCAGGUAUCACCACCGAAAUCUACUCUGAGCAGGAGGCUCUACCGGUCAAAGCAGAGUGGAGCGGGAAUUUUGGUGAGCAAAUGCUGCUGAACGUGGACAAUAUCGUUAUGCAAGACUGGCGUGAGAAAAACCCGGUAGUUGAAGCUGAUCCAUAUGAUGUAGUAUCGGAAGAGGAAGAAGACCACGCUUCUACUGUGGUUCUUCACGACUCCAGUGGUGAUGUCGUCGUGUCAGGAACUACACCAGCUGACAAUACUACAAACCACUGCAUCGAGGACUUGAACGAAUUGGAGAACGAGGAGCAAUUACUGCAAGCGAUUGACAAUGGAGAUUUGGAGAUGGUGGAGAUCGAUGCGACCGACUCAGAGGUGGAUGAUAUGCAAAAAAUAAAGUGUUACAUUUAUUGCACAUUGUGUUCUUGCAAAGCAUGCAAGACAAACAACCUCUGUCAUGAUGCGCAAGAUGCUAGAGAGCCUUGUUUCAUGUGUGUUUUGCCUUAUGAUCUAUGCAUUGCAAGUUUCCUCUGUCAUGCGCGGCAAGUUUGUGACGCUGAAUUCACUACAAAUGCGUAAAAAUUGUAGCACUUUUUUCUUGCGGAUAGGCGACGUCGACUUCGCUGAAAGUGUCGAAAUACCGCAGCCAGAAAACGAACCAGGGUACACGGAGGAGGAGAAGCUUCUGUACCGAAAAAUCUGCAAAUUGGAGGAGAUGAUCGAAACAGCCGAAGGGGAGGAGGGCAGCGACGAGGAUGAUGAGAGUUCUGAUAGAAGCGACAAUGAAUACGAUUCCGAUUAUCACGCUGCAGAGGAUAACAAGAACCCUGAAUGUAGUACCGCCGGUGUUCCCGCCGUCGAAGAGGACUCCGGUUCGGAGGAAAUUAUCGAAAUCGAGGUUUCCGAAGACGAUCCGAGGUUACCGGAGAACCAACCUCCGGUGCAACAACAGCAAAAGGAAAAGCAGCAGAAAAAUGUUCAUCGUAGAAAAAAGCAGGCUAAAAAGAACCCGAAAUCUUCUUCCGCUAGUGAGGUGAUUGAUUCGGAGAUGUACCGGUCUGAAUCCUAUCAAAUGUAAAAAUGUCUGGGUCUGGAAACUUGUGAUGCUGGGUGGCGUCUCAUGAUGACGCUACAAAUGCUGGCUCAGCAUGACAAAUUUGUGAGCUCCUAGGUGUUGCCUAUUCUGCAUUUCAAACUGUGCUUCUGCAUCACAGAAAAACGGAGCUCUUGGGUAACGUGCAUGACAGAUUUAAGAGUCAUGCCAGACAAGCAUGACAAACAUGAAUUCUUCCAGACCCAGACAUUUUUACUGUUGAUAAAUCCGAGCCGGAGGAUCACGAGGAGGUGCAGGCGAAAAGACGGCGGAUUGACCAGGCGAUGAAGGAUUACAAGGAAAUAACCGAGAAUAACCAAGCGGUGGAAGAGAUUCCUCUGAUCAACGAUUUGAUGUCCAACAGUGCAGAAGAGGAAUACGAUGCUCCAGAGUUGAAGAUUUUGUCGGAACAAAAUGCAGCUGCGGCCUCUUCCGACCACCACGACGAGCAAAAUGCAGCAGUCGUUUUGUUGGAAGACGACAUCGAGCUGCGGCCCUACAAUUCGGAUGACGAACCUGCCUCGGUCCGGAAAGCCCGGGCGGAGAAGAAGAGGCGGUUGAGGGAAGAAGCAAGGAAAAAGAACGCUGCUCCGGCCAAUGUUGGUAUUGCGGCGCAGGAACAAACUGCGGCUGCCUCCUCUGCGAAAGGAGCGGCAGAGCAAGCACCUCCGAGAAAUAAACCUGCACUGCAAUCAGAAAAGAGGGGAAGCAACAAGCGCAGGUCUUCUUCGUCAGGAGGUGGUGGGAAGGUCACAACGGAUCAGAUUCCUGUCGUGCCAGUACCGCCUCCUACUGCUGCAGCUCCAGAACUACAACCUGAUGUUGCUUCUUCUGCGAAAGAACAGCAAGAGAUGAACCUCGACGUCAAUGCACUGCCCGAAGAAGAAGAAGAGGAAGAGCACACCCUGAUCCAGCAACUGAGAUCCGACGGCUAUGAUAUUGACGAGAUCCUUUCCCCCGAAGCCGUGACCGAACUCCGGGAAAAGCUGAAAUUUAUGCCGCCUGAUUCCGAGGACGCGUUGCAAAUUUUGGAGAAAACCGUUGCCGAAGCCGAAAAAAUCGCGAAAAAACGGCAGGCGGAGAAACUGAAAAGGAAAGAACAGCGGAAGGUGGUAGAGCAGCAGAUAAAAGUGCAAGCUGAAUCGGCUCUUGGUGGUGAUUUUAGCAUUGCUGAUUCUGAUGUUAUUCCGCAAAUCAAUGUGAUCCCUCCACCAGCAGACACGAGCCUGCUGGUGCCCGAGUCGAGUUUAAACGCGAGUGAAGACGAUAUCGAGGAAGAUGUUCAUCUUCUCGAGGGUUUUGACGAGGAAGAGCCGAAAGCUCCGUCUAUCUCCUCCGUCGGCGAUAUCGAUGAAGACGAUGAAGUAGAUGCUGAAUCCGGAAUCUCGCCCAGAACGGCUACGGGGACGAGAAGAAGAGGCCGCACGACUGGAGGCGGUCAAACUCAAAACAUUGUCUCCGAAGUCGAGUCCAUCCAGCUCUCCCCGCGCGACAUGGGGAUCAUGACGGAUUUGGAGUCACAGCAGGGAGUCAACACAGGUCUUUUGUCGGAGCCGGAACCGCUCGUGUUACCCAUUCCCGGCAUCGCUUCCGAUCCAAACUACGACAGCCAAGCGUUGCUCCAGAAGUCACAGGAACAGGCGAAGAUGCUAUCAAAUGCAAAUAUGUCUGGGUCUGGAGAAGCCCAAGUUUGUCAUGCACAUUUUGCAUGAUGCGUGAUAUCUGUUAUGUAUGCUCUAGCAUCACAGAUUCUAUUCGGAGGUCUUCUUAAUGCGUAUCCCACAUGAGUGAUUCCCCCUCCGCGUAGCAAAAACUGAAUUCCUGAUCCUGAUCAUGCAAUAAAAAUUUGUUAUAGAAUCCAAAGGCAGCAUCACAAGUUGCAUCCUUCCAGACAUCCAGGGAUAUUUGCAAUGCAUAGAUGCUGGGGGAUGCGGAUCUGAUUGAGCAAAUCACGCCGAAGAACUUUGUUCAGCGCGUAUCCUGAGUAAAAACGUACCCACACCAGAGUUGUCAUGCAAAUCUGCAUGCUGAAAAUGUUUCUCAUGCGGAGCCCCAUGAGAAGCAUUUUCCAAUCGUGUUUUGCAAUUUGUCAUGCUCCAAUCAGCAUGGUAUGCUAGAUCUGUGAUGCUGCGGAGCUAGCUCAAACAGCACUACACUACGAAUCCAAAUUUGUCAUGCAAAACAGCCAAAACUUGUGGAUUUGUCUAGCCGAUUUCCCAACUUGACUAUUGUGUGGGUACGUUUUUACUCAGGAUAGCGAGAGGAGCAGGUAGAGCAGCAGCACCAGGUCCUCGGGGAGAAGAGUGUUCUCGAGAAGAUUAAAGCAUCGGAGGACGUCGAAGUCUUAUCGAACGACGAUAUUGACGACCAAGACGCGGUGAUGUCGCAGAAAAAUCCGGUUUUAUCCGACGAAGACAUGCUACCGCCGAUCACCCCCGCGGACGACGAUGACGAUGUUGUACCACUGCCGGCUGUUUCUGGUACUGCAGCAGCAGCAAAGCCAGGUGAGAAGACCGCGACAAGCACCGUGCCUGUGCAGGAUCAACACGCGAAGGGUGGUACUUCUGUGCUUGCUGGGAAGCGGUCGUCUCCUGAUCUUCGGGGAAAAAUUGUCGCAGGAAAGGCAGAACAGACCUCGGACGCUGCUGCAAGUACUGCAGAGAAUCCUAUCGCCACAACGUCGUCGUCGAAAAUAGUAAACAAGACCCGGUACAAAGUCCGCUACGUGAAUUCCGAGGACGAAAUCGACUUCCCACAGGCCGAAGACGAGGACAGCCGCCCGGUUCCCGAGAACUUUGGUGAAAUGCUCGGGUUCCCUUUCGAGGGGGAUAAAAAAUCCACCUUCACCUACCCAGCAACUACUGACCAGCUUCUCGUAGAAUUAGCGGGGAAAAAACAACUAGAGAAGGAGAAGCAGUUGAAAGAGCUCCCCCCCUCGCCGGCAAAACUACUGAAGCAGAACCAGCGCUCCUUACGGGUGUUCAACUUUACCGAUAUGGAAAAGUUCCACCCUUUGAACAAGGAAAACGCACAGGUAGCGCGGGCCGAGGAGAACCAGGCAUUGCUGGAUUUGGACAGAACAUUGAAGAAAUUAGUCCAAUCGAAGGAAACCGCGGUGCCGAAUGAAUUUUUCGUCUUCAUUAUCCUAUGUAAAAACGUCCCCACCUCCUCAUAGUCAAGAUGGGGAAUCGGCUAGACAAAUUCACAAGUUUUGGCUGUUUUGCAUGACAGAUUUGGGCUUGUAGAGUCGUGCUGUUUGAGGUAGUGCAGCAGCAUCACAGAUCUAGCACAUCAUGCUGAUUAGAGCAUGACAAAUCCCAAAGCGCGGCUAAGAAAUGCUUCUCAUGGGACUCCGCAUGAGAAACAUUUGCAGCAUGCAGGUUUGCAUUACAGCUAUGGCGUGGGGACGUUUUGAAAUACGAUAUUCAUCUCUUCCGGCAAAGCGUCCAUCUACAACAAAACGGUCAAGUCUCUCGGGAAAAAACUGGCCGCGUUGAAAAGCAGCGAUACAGCCACGAUAUGCAUUGCAAAUAUGUCUGGGUCUGGAAGAUUUGGAAAGUUUGUCAUGCAAAUUAUACAGGGCUCCCGGUGCCUCUCAUGCAUGCUCUAGUGUCACAAGCUCUUCGGGUGGCAACAGUCUGAGUGUCUUUUGCCUCUCUUGCAAUACAGAUUUUCGUGUGAUCGACACCUAGCAUCACAAAUCCCAUUCUUUCCAGUCGCAGACAUACUUGCAGUUGAUAUGCGAAUAGUAGUUCCAACGGUAAAAAUCGUGCGGGUGGUCCUUUGGACGCACAGACGAUAAAAUUGAUCGACACCAUCACGAAAACGCGGAGCUAUUGUGAUAAUUCUGGGUUCGUGGCGUUCCACUGGAAGACCGUCGAUGAGGAGUUUUUGAAGACGCAUUUGACAAACCGGCGGUUGUCUUUGUCCAGCUUGAACAAGCAGCCACAGGUUGGUGUCACCGGAUCUGCAGGAAUAAACGCCGCGGGUGGAGGUCAUCUAGUUGCAGCGUCCGGAGGACAUCAAAAUGCUGGGAACAACUCCUCCGGGUUGCAGCUCUUGAGCGGUUUGCAGUCCGCAGCGAUGCUGGGGCAACAUGGUGGGAAUGUGGCGUUAAACAACACGGGGAACAGGACAUUGCAAUAGGAAUUAGAAACCGUUAGAAUAAACAGGGCGGGGGGAACAAAGUCGUUGGUGUAUGCGAUUAUUAUCGCAUAUAAGUAGAUUUUUUCAAUGUUUUCGAUAAGCGGCCUGACUAUGUAGAGCACGACAGGCGCGACGUUACUUUCUUCUGCGAAAAAAUCAAAGUCCUGACAAGUAUGGCGACGAAAUAAGAUAACUAUGCGACAUCACAGGAACAGGUACAGUUUGCGUAUAGUCUACAAGAAAACACUCAUCAAAAACGUGGACGACAAAAUAUGUCGGCGAUAUUUAUUGCAUGGGAUUCUACUGACAAGAGACAAGUAUAUGGCUAUGUUGUAUCGAGUUGUUGUAUAUGUUCAGCACCAGACAGUCUUUUUUUACAAAAUCUUCGAGCUAGGCUCCUUGCCCGACGUGAAUCACAGUGGGCGACGAGAGCUUUUUUUUUCAUCAUGAUGACAGACUUCGUUUUUUUGAGAAAUAGAAACGCAGUUCAGGCUAGUCUAUUGUCGAUAAAUAAAAAUACCACUAUUGGCGAAGAACAGAAAAUUGUAAAAAAACCAAAAAAAUGAUUUUUCACUUUUUUCCGCUUUUUUUACAUAAUGAACACAACAUAUCGCUAGUAUCACGACAAACGACAACAAAAGCCCCUCUUAGCGACCUCUUUCAACAAGAACUUUUCCCCUACAAGCCUGAGCUGCGUGUCAAAUGCAUGAUAAAUGCCCAAGUGAAUAAUCGCCACAUGAACAGCUUUCAUGAAAUUCAGGACUCUGAUUUGAUGCAAAAGCAACAUCGUGUGGUGAGAAUAAACACCAAAGAAAAGAAAUGAAAAGAAAAAAAGAAAAAUGAAACGCGACAGAAACGACCCUCGAGAGGCAAAGUGAGAGGGUGGCACUUAGUUUGAUGCUUCGGUCGUGGGCUUUCAAAAGAACUGCGUAGUCUUUUGAAAGCCUUCUGGCUCGUCGUCAAACCUGUUACAACCCUUGCUUUGCCCCUCAAGGGUGGAUCAGAAGCGACACUAGAGUGG